GUCCAACACAUACUCAUCAUCUAUAUUUAAUACCUUAUUCUUUCCUUAUAGACGCAACCCGCCAUGGCAAUACAAGAUAGAACACAAGAGUUUCGUUCAUGCGUGGAGUCCAUACGAAACAGGUCCGCUGUACCACCCCGAGCCGCUGAGGCGAAACAGAAGUUACUUCAAUCCCACAGCAAUGGAGGAGCAAAGAGCGAAUUCUCGCGUAUGGCCUCUGCCAUUGGGAAAGAUAUCAGCAGUACUGCCAUAAAACUAGGAAAGCUUGCGCAGCUCGCGAAACGGAAGACACUGUUUGACGACAGACCAGUGGAGAUUAGUGAAUUGACAUUUAUCAUUAAACAAGACAUUGCGAACAUAAACAGGCAAAUAGCCGCUCUGCAAUCCUAUGUUAAGCAAAGGAAUGCACAAGCAUCAAAAUCUUCAGAGGGGAAACAAAUUGAGGAACACAACCACAAUGUCGUCAUGAUGCUGCAGAGCAAGUUGGCAAAUACAAGCAUGAGCUUCAAGGAUGUUCUGGAAGUUAGGACACAAAACAUGAAAGAAAGCAAAGACCGUACAGAGCAGUUCAUGUUCUCUACGGCAGCUGCAACCCACCACGCCCCACCGAGUUCGCUACUUCUAAACGGGAGACAAGACCCUAUGGGUGACGGAAGCCGACCUAACUCCAAAGGCAAAGGCCGAGCCUUUCAAAACGAAGACGUUCUCGCAUUGGACCUUGAUUCAGCCGAGGAGGGCUCAACAAAACACGGAGGCAAUGCAUUCAUGCAGAUGCAGCAAAUCGAACAACAGGACUCGUAUAUCCAAUCAAGAUCAACAGCGAUAGAAUCCAUCGAAUCGACAAUUGCAGAACUAGGACAAAUAUUCACCCAGCUGGCCAAUAUGGUUGCCGAGCAACGAGAAACAGUACAACGCAUUGACGCAGACACCGUGGAUAUCGCGUCGAAUGUGAGUGGUGCACAGAGAGAGCUGCUCAAGUAUUACGCGAGCAUCUCGAGCAAUCGCUGGCUGAUGCUCAAGGUCUUUGGCGUGUUGAUCGUCUUCUUCCUUAUCUUCAUUCUUGUCUCAUGAGUGGACGCUAAGCGCCGUUUUGUCGCAUAUUUACUAGCACGAUAUUCAUAUCAUAAUUUAAUAUCUAACAUCAUAGGAAGGAAUCACAGAAUACUCCGCAAAAUGAAACUCAGCCAACAGGGAUAGCAUUAACGCCAGUACCCCAGUCUUUGCUUUUGGUCCGCCGUGUUUUAUCAGCCUUCACGUGCUUCUUUCCCCCGCG